CCCCUCCUGGGGAGUCCUACGAUGGUUAAACGGGUGAUCAUCGUACCUCAGGGGUAUUUAAAAUUCCCGUAUACGUCAGGCGAACUACACAAACAAUUGUGAAUGACCUGUGGGUAAUAAGUUGACGUACUGCACUCUAGUCAGGGAUUUGAGCCUGUGCAACGGUCAUUCAAUUUGGAUUUGAAAUUGCAGCUUAUAGCGCAACGAGAACCUCUGAAAAGCCUUCCACGGAGCUCUCUCAAAAUGCCCGGCCGCCACCCAGAUUCCCCGCGCCGAAAGAUCCGAUCGGUAGUGGUGCGAGCAGCAGGGGAUCUGUUUCCUCAACCCCCGCGCCGAGUGCCUGCCACGGCUGAUAGUGAAAGGGUGAGAAGGGCGUUGCAGCGAAGCCAGUUACCCUUCCGGCCCGCCUAUUCGACCCUCCAACCAGACAGCCGUCGCCAUCGACCCGCUCCAACUGAGGUGCGCGUAGCCAUUUCUGGACGCAGCCCUCCCGUUAGGCCGCGGCGAACUAAACGUGGUUGCCGCGCUGGUCGAAAGGUGCAGUUGCGCCGGUUGCGGCAGCAAGGAAACCCACCCUUGAGGGUGCGAAUCCAAGAGGGAGACAGUACAACCGCUCAGUCCCGGACGGUUAGCGUGGGAAACCCUUCGCGCCCAGGGAGCUCGGAAAAGGUGAAUUCACCUUCUACCCCGAGCCGCACCACUGAGAGAUCUCCAUCAAUCUCUCCUCGGACCGAGAGGCUCCUGUUGGAGGAGAGUGAUUAGAGCAGUGAUAAGCUUGGUGAUAGGAGUGAAGCCAAUAAAGUGUUC